CGCUCCGCCCACUUGUGACGUCAGGGCUGGAUCGGGAUAUCGGGAGAGCCGGAAGAGUCGCGGAAGGAGACGUUGCGGUUUCCACAAACGGUUCGCCUUCAAACCGGACCACAUCUGUCGGGACGGGACUGCGCUCACCAGCCGACCGGAGUGAACCUUUCUCUGGGUGACGUGAAAGUUGGGCUGAUUGAAGAUGUGGAAAGCUGCUGCAGGUCAAAACGUCAAGGUCGCCGUUGACGACGGCGGAGACGACUGGGAGACCGACCCGGACUUUGAGAAUGACGUGUCGGAGCAGGAGCAGCGCUGGGGGGCGAAGACGGUGGCCGGGUCGGGACACCAGGAGCACAUCGACAUCCACCAGCUGAGGGAGACCGUCUCCACGGAGCACACCAGCCUGAAGCAGAAGGAGCUGGAGAACAUGCCCAAGGCCUCGCACGGAUACGGCGGCAGGUUCGGAGUCCAGCAGGACCGCAUGGACAAGUCUGCUGUGGGUCACGACUACCAGAGCAAACUGUCCAAGCAUUGCUCCCAGACCGACACGUCCAAAGGCUUCGGAGGGAAGUACGGCGUCCAGGCCGACCGCGUCGACAAGUCGGCCGUCGGCUUCGAGUACGCUGGGAAGACGGAGAAACACGCGUCGCAGAAAGACUACACCACGGGGUUCGGCGGGCGGUACGGUGUUCAGGCGGAUCGGGUCGACCAGAGCGCGGUCGGCUUCGACUAUCAAGGCAAAACGGAGAAACACGAGUCACAGAAAGAUUACGCCAAAGGUUUCGGGGGAAAGUUUGGCGUUGAGACGGACAAAGUGGACAAGAGCGCCGUGGGCUUCGAGUACCAGGGCAAAACGGAGCGGCACGAGUCGCAGAAAGACUACGUGAAAGGCUUCGGUGGGAAGUUUGGUGUUCAGACGGACCGGCAGGAUAAAUCGGCGCUGGGAUGGGAUCACCAGGAGAAGCUGCAGCUUCACGAGUCUCAGAAAGACUAUAAGCGUGGGUUUGGAGGGCGGUAUGGGGUUGAGGUGGAGAAGCGGGACCGCUGUGCGCUGGGCUAUGAGCACAAGGAGAACCUGGCCAAGCACGAGUCCCAGAAAGAUUAUUCCAAAGGAUUCGGAGGGAAGUUUGGCGUCCAGGACGACCGUAUGGACAAGAGCGCCGGGAAGUUCGAGGACGUGGAGAAGCCAAAGCCGUCCUACCAGAAAACCAAACCUGUGGAAGCUGCGGGCAGCAACACGGGAAGCAUCAAGGCUCGCUUCGAGAACAUCGCCAAGCAGAAGGAGGAGGAGGACCAGCGGCGGGCCGAGGAGGAGCGGGCGCGCCGCCACGCCAAGGAGCAGCAGGAGCAGGAGGAGGCUCGGCGGAAAGUGGAGCGGCCGCCGUCCCCCGCCCACGCUCCCAGUCCCAGCCCCACUCCCAGCCCCACUCCCCCAGUCCAGCCUGCCGCAGAGCUCCAGAACUCUCAGAGCGAAGCUGCGAACGACGAGCAGCUGUACGAGGAGACGCAGGACGCCUACCAGCAGCCGGACCUGUACCAGAACCCCGACGAUGCCGCGGCUCCAGCAGGUGGCGCUUCGCCUUCUCCACAGAUUAACUCAGGAGAUUCCCCAGGCGGCAUUCCAGGUUCCCCCCGGGGUCCCUGCAGGUUCAUCCAGGAAGUUCCAGCUCAACUGGGAUUGUUUUGAGAAAUUUGUAUUUCUGACUGAGAGGAAAAACUACAAAUCCCAUCAUGCAGUGCAGCUAUUCUUUAACGAAUUUAAUUCUUCAACUUUAACGAUGUAGGAAACGUCCAGAAAACCUUUUUUGUUACAAGAAUUUAUUCAUGAUUUGAUGCUUUUUAGGGGAAAAGAAAAACUACUUACUAUAAAAAUCUAAAUUAAUGGCAAAAAUAUAAAGAAAAAGUUUUUCUUUUUAAGCAACUGAACGUCCUUCAGUUUAAAACCAGUAAAUUAAAACUGUUGGUGAAACCUGCAGGAACACUGACUGCUGCAGCAUUUUUUCCAUUUUUGUCAGUGAUGCUGCGUGUUCUGUAGUGAUGCUGCGUGUUCAUUAGUGAUGCUGCGUGUUGAUGCUGCGUGUUCAUUAGUGAUGCUGCGUGUUCUGUAGUGAUGCUGCGGGCCUGAUGCUGCGUGUUCAGUAGUGAUGCUGCGUGUUGAUGCUGCAUGUUCAGUAGUGAUGCUGCGUGUUCAGUAGUGAUGCUGCGUGUUGAUGCUGCGUGUUCAUUAGUGAUGCUGCGUGUUCUGUAGUGAUGCUGCGG